AUGCAAUGUACUCAUAUCUAUCUAUCUAUCUAUCUAUCUAUCUAUCUAUCUAUCUAUCUAUCUAUCUAUCUAUCACAAUUAUCUAUCUAUCUAUCUAUCUAUCUAUCUAUCUAUCUAUCUAUCUAUAUAUAUAUAUAUAUAUAUAUAUAUAUAUCACAAUAUACUUAUAUCUAUCUGUCUAUCUACCACAAUUAUCUAUCUAUCUAUCUAUCUAUCUAUCUAUCUAUCUAUCUAUCUAUCUAUCUAUCAGAAUAUACUCAUAUCUAUCUAUCUGCCUAUCUUCAUAUGCAUCACAUUAUAGUCAUAUCUCCGUUUAUUAUGAUUUAUGUUAUUCUGUGUAAUUCAUGUUUAUACUUCUUUUUUCUUUCUUUCUUUCUCAGCAUCUAUCUAUCUAUCUAUCUAUCUAUCUAUCUAUCUAUCUAUCUAUCUAUCUAUCUAUCUAUCUAUUCUAUUCAUUAUCUGUUUAUCUCUGAUCAUUAUCUAUCUAUCUAUCUAUCUAUCUAUCUAUCUAUCUAUCUAUCUAUCCAUUCAUUAUCUGUUUAUCUCUGA